AAACCAGCCUCCCAGGAAGUGGCCAGAGAAGUUAGUGUCAGGGGGAAAGAACUGGAAAGAUGUCAUGAAGGAAACACCUGUUUUGGAAAAUGGGCCUGGGCCGCUCCAAGCCUCACCCCCGGGUGAUCAAAGUCACACCUUUACAAGAAGAAGAGACUCCUUUGGCUGGCCCUGUGUUCUAUACAUUAAAUCGGAACCUGGAAGAAAAGAGCUCAUACCCAUUCUCAAGACUGCAGGACCAAAAUCAAGCUCUAGAAGGACAGCUACCACCUCUCCGAGAAACCUGGUAUGGAAGACAUCGCACAGUAUCCAGGUCCAUGCUUCUUGACAUCCCACUGAAACAUGAAGAAACAAGCAUUAUCAAAAGGCAUCCACCCCGAAGAAUUCAAAAGCUUGAACCCGUUGACCUGCCACAAGUGAUUACCUCUGAGCGACUCCUGCGCCAGCAAGUGCCCAGAACAAGACACAAAGCAAAGGAACUUGAGAAGACACUGCAUCUCUCAAUGUACACUUCGGGGAAUAGACAGUAUUUACAUAAGAUGCAGAUGCUGGAGAUGAACCAUAAAAGACAUGAGGCCCAAAUGGAGUUGAUGAAGAGCCGUCAUAGUAUAGCAAGACUUGAUAUGAAAAAGCUGAAGGACCACAAUGGCAAUAAAAUCACCCAAAGCAUGCCAAGGAGCAAUGGCUGUGACUUUAUCAACACACUGCCUGAUGAAACCAUGGAAGGAGACCCAGGAAAUGCACAGGAUGAAGAAUUCUUGGAAUAUCACACAAAGAAUGACUAUUGUGCCCAGAAAACUGGCAAAAUGGAAGCGUGGCUCCGUGAACAGGAAGCCCAAGGACGGCUUUUCUGGGACAGCUCCAGCUCUGACUCAGAGGAGCGUGGAGAUCAGAGGCGACCGCAAGCACUGGUGAGGACCAGGACAGAGAGGAUCCCACUUUACGACUCAUUUUAUGACGGAGAAUGAUAAAGCUGCACACGACCCAGACAGUGAGGACACUGAACGGUUUGUCUGUUUUCAUCAGAGUCAUUCCUAUUUGCAUAUGGACCACUCUGAGGGAAGUAACUUACUUUGGUAGAAAGAAAAAACUGCCACCUGGAGUCAUGUGGUGAAUAGGUUUGUCGUGUAUGCUACAAGUCAGUGCCUUAAAACUGAGGGGCGGAAACAA